AUGCACUACAGCACUGUCACCCGGGAAAUGGAAGCCUUCACGACGAGCAGCCUGAGCAGCCUCAACACGCCGGGGGGCUACCACCUCUCUCCGUCACCCGGGGACCCCUACAGUCAACAUGAGUCCCACUUCGAGCCCUGCCCGGCCGUCCAGCACAACUACAACUACCCGGGGUCCAACCCGGGCCAGGCCCCGCCGAGUGACGGCGGGACUCCCAACUGCUCCUCGUCGUCCGCCAACUCCACACCGAACGGCAAAACUAUAGUGAAGAAGAACCCCAAAGUGGCCAACAUUAACGUCCAGCUGGAGAUGAAAGCUUUAUGGGACGAAUUUAAUCAGCUGGGAACGGAGAUGAUCGUCACCAAGGCUGGCAGGAGAAUGUUUCCAACUUUCCAAGUGAAAAUAUUUGGGAUGGAUCCGAUGUCAGACUACAUGCUCCUGAUGGACUUCCUGCCCGUAGACGACAAACGUUACAGGUAUGCUUUCCACAGCUCGUCGUGGCUGGUCGCCGGUAAAGCUGACCCCGCCACACCGGGCAGGGUCCACUACCACCCGGACUCUCCGGCCAAAGGCGCGCAGUGGAUGAAACAGAUCGUCUCUUUUGAUAAACUCAAACUCACCAACAACCUGCUGGAUGACAACGGCCACAUCAUCCUGAACUCCAUGCACCGCUACCAGCCCAGGUUUCAUGUGGUGUAUGUGGACCCCCGCAAGGACAGCGAGAAAUAUGCCGAAGAGAAUUACAAAACCUUUGUUUUUGAGGAAACACGCUUCACAGCAGUCACAGCGUACCAGAACCAUCGGAUCACGCAGCUGAAGAUAGCCAGUAAUCCCUUUGCAAAGGGAUUCAGGGACUGUGACCCGGAGGACUGGCCCAGGAAUCACAGGCCAGGCUCUCUGCCAAUAAUGAGUGCCUUUGCCAGAACAAGAAACCCAAUGUCAUCUCCCCCUCAGCAGAACGGCACAGAGAAAGAAGACGGGAGGCGGGAGUACGAGCGAGACCCCAGCGGCACGCCCAUACAUGCCGACCCGGCUCACCAACUGAUGUCACGUGUCCUCAGCCCCGCCUUGCCCGGCCCAGGAGGCCUCCAUGGCGUCUCACUCACCAGUGGCCGACCCAGCCCUCCCCACGACCUUCGCUCAGACCCCCACGGUCUACCCCCGGACACCCUGCACCACCACCCUUACAAGUACCCCACCACCUAUGAACACUACCUGGGAGCCAAGACCAGGCCGUCGCCCUAUCCUUUACCCAGUAUCAGAGGACACACGUACCACCACCACAUGAACCCAGCCACAGCCAACAUGUACUCAGCCACCAGUGGCCCCUCUAACUAUGACUACGGGCCCAGAUAAUGGCUGCUGUCCACUGGGGGCUAACAGCGCUAAGCACUGUGGGAAUGGAAACAGGCAGGAAAGGCAACACAGUCCUGUCUAUUGAUGGCUUACGCUACCUGUGGGGUGCGUUCACGGGCUGAAACUCUGCUGGAUAAACCCUGCCGUAUUUAUUUAAAGGAAAAGCAUCUUUGCGUUAAGCACAGGCACCUGCUCCGAGUCCUCGAAGAGGUCUGCUUUGACCUUUGAACCCAAAUGGCAACAGCUCCACACCAGGGCACCUCUUACCCGAGCGGUGCAGACAUUGAGCCGGCAAACAGAGGAGACAGGAGGGACCUCUCCUUAACACGGACAAUACCUUUCAUCACAGACUGGAAUUGAAUUUUAUUUUUUUGUGUUGGAUGCACUUUUUGAUUUGCCUUGUUUUUAUCGCUUUAAAAAAAGCCAUACGUUAUAUAGU